GGUAAAAAAUGAUUGAAAAUUAUUAUUAAAUGACCAACCCCACCAAAGUUUGAAUAUACGACAAAGAGAGCGUAGAAAGAAGAAAAGUAUACAUCUCCAAUUAACAUGUAUGUUUUUGAGCUUUUAAAAUUUCUCUUUAAUCUGUCCCAAUUUAAUUUAUGCCUCUUCAUCAACAUCCAUCCAGAUGCAAUGUAGACGAAUUUGUCCAAACUUCUCCACUCGCUCUCUUCCUCCCACCUUCAAAUAUUGCAAUUCUUUUAACAAACACCUAAUUCUGCAUUCAUGUACAUCAAAAAAUGAAAUUAAAAUUCCACACUUGUAUCAUCUUUAUUGUAAUUCAUACAGUUCUCACGAUCACAUACUCAUCGGCAGCGCUGUGCAAUCACACAUGCGGCGGCCGGAAACUCCCGUUUCCCUUCGGCUUCUCCGCCGGCUGCCAAAUACAGCUCAACUGCUCCGCCAACGGCACGAUUCUCGCCGCCGGCUUCGCCGUUCAAUCCGUCAACGCCGAGACCAUCUUAGUCAAGCUCCCGGCCCUCUGCGGCCGCUCCGUGGAGGCGCUGCGCCGCCUCUUCACGGCUAACUUCGCCCCGACGUCCCACAACGCAAUCCUACUCCACGACUGCCUGAAUCCGAGCAGCGGCUGCUUGAUUCCGACGACGAUGGUGCAGACUCACUUCGAGCAGCUCGACUGCGACGCGAGGAACGCCACCAUCAGCUGCUACUCGGAGCCGGAUAAUGCGACGUCGUUCAUCGACUACGGGAAUCUCACGAGGAGCGGAUGCAGAUCGCUCUUCUCGGCGAUAUCGAUGGCGGCUUAUUCAAAUAGUUCCUCGGUUUCGCUCGAUGUUGAGGUCGUCAGAGUGGGCUGGUGGCUCCGCGGCGAUUGCCGCUGCUCCAGGAAUGCUAGGUGCGUUCCUGUUUCGCCGCCGCUCCUCGGUGGCGACACGCCGGCGUAUCGGUGCGAGUGCUUUAAGGGGUUCGCCGGUGAUGGAUUUCUCGACGGAGUUGGCUGCCGGAAAGAAUCACAAGCAUGCAAUCCUUCGAACUACUUGUCUGGCAAAUGUGGAGGAACAACCAGAGUUGGCGUUCUAGUUGGAGGUGUUGGAGCAGGUGCUUUGUUAAUGGUGAGUUUAGGUUUGUUGUUCUGUUUCAUUCGAAAGAGAUCAAAAGUGAGAAGCAGAAGCAAGAAAAGCAGGAAACUGUUGGAAACGACAGGAAUAAAUAUCCCCAUAUAUUCCUACAAGGAAAUGGAGAAGGCCGCCGACUUCUUCUCGGAGAAGAGAAGGCUCGGCAACGGCGCUUACGGCACCGUCUACUGCGGGAAACUGAGCAACGACGAGUGGGUCGCAAUCAAGAGAAUCCGGCACAGAGACGCCGGCGACACCCUGGAGCAAGUGAUCAACGAGAUCAAGCUCCUCUCCUCCGUGAGCCACCCGAACCUGGUCCGCCUCCUGGGCUGCUCCAUCGAGAAGGAGCAGCAGAUCCUGGUGUACGAGUUCAUGCCCAACGGGACUCUCUCUCAGCACCUGCAGAGAGAGAAAGGCAGCGUGCUGCCCUGGCCGGUCCGCCUCACCAUCGCCGCCGAAACAGCUCAGGCCAUCUCCUAUCUGCACAACGCCACGCACCCUCCCAUCUACCACAGGGACAUCAAAUCCACCAACAUCCUCCUGGACGCCCAAUACCGCGCCAAGGUGGCGGAUUUCGGGCUGUCGAGGCUGGGGACGAUGCUGGAGUCGUCCCACGUCUCGACGGCCCCGCAGGGCACCCCGGGGUACCUGGACCCGCAGUACCACCAGCACUUCCAUCUCUCCGACAAGAGCGACGUCUACAGCUUCGGGGUGGUGCUGAUCGAGAUCAUAACGGCCUUGAGGGUGGUGGACUUCGGGCGGCCCCAGAACGAGGUGAAUCUGGCGGCGCUGGCCGUGGAUAGGAUCGGGAAGGGGCGGCUGGAUGAGAUCGUGGAUCCGUUUCUGGAGCCUAGUGCUGAUUUGUCAGUGCACAAGGUGGCUGAGCUGGCCUUCAGGUGCCUGGCGUUCCACAGGGACAUGAGGCCUUCCAUGAUGGAAGUUGCGAUUGAGUUGGAACAGAUAAGGCUCAGUAAAUGGAGUGUUGCGGUUGCCGAGAAGCCUUUCAAUCUGGUGGUUAAGAAGCACGACUACGACAGCAGCGGCUUCUUCGGCAGCACCAAUUCCGUAGAUACGGUCACCGACUCUUCCCCUGUUUCUGCGGCGGAUUCAUGGCAAAGUGAUCAAACCUCGCCGUCUUCCAAUACUCUGCUAAAUCGCUCAGCGACCUGACCUAAUUUUACUUGUGCUUUUUAGCUAUUAGAAAGUUUGUUUUGUGAAUUUUGGCAGAAUGAGCAGAUAUGUGCAGUGAUUGCUAGUCUGAUAUUUAACAAGUAUAUUUGUCUUACUAGCAGAUAAAUGAUUUGUGAUGAUUGUAAAUGUGUUCGCUAAAAGAGUACAACGAUAAUUCGAUAGAUAAGGUUAUAUUGGACAAA